AUGUCGCCCGAUGAACUCGAUGCUCUUUUAGCUCGCCUUCUUGAGGUUGUAUCACAGGCCCGAAAAAGCACAACCGAUAUUGAAGAGAAUAUCACCCUGGUCACAACCCUACAGUCCAAAAUUGACCAGCUCUCCAAAUCAUCUAAUCCCAGCAGCCUUCAACAUAUAGCGGAGGGCCAGCGGUUGAAGGAGACGGCCAGCAACCAUCUUAAGUCUUUUCUUCAAGCUCGAACGACCCAACUUGACUACCUGGAGACGGCCACUCAACUCGUGGCCAACGAUCUGAAGCUCGAAUGGACCGAACAUCGAUUUGCUGAAGCCCUUCGAGUGCGGGCACAGUUGGAACAGGCGUUACAGGCUCAGUAG